AUGUCUCCCCAUGCCAUCACUCCACUUCGCGAAGAUGCCUUCACGGAACAGGCAUACAGGGAGUUUGGAAUCACAAAAAACGGCUUUCUCCCAGCUGAGGCGCCACUGUCGCAUCUCCCUUCCGCAUACUAUGUCCCCUGGGAGCGAGUAAUUCACCAUCUUCCCGAGCUCCUGGCCUCGAGAAGAUUUCAUGACGAGGUUCGAAAAUUGCCAGUGCUAUCAACAAGCCAGCUUUCGAGCGAACCUGAGUGGAGGAGAGCCUAUGUCAUCCUUAGCUUCUUCACACACGCUUGGGUCUGGGGUGGAGAAAAGGCCGAAGAGGUGCUUCCGCCAGCCGUGUCCGUCCCCAUUUUACGUGUUGCAAAGCACCUGGAGCUGCCACCGGUCGCAACGUACGCCGCACUCAACCUUUGGAACUUCUCGAGCUCGAGUACAGACUUUACCGACCUCGACAAGCUCGAGUCACUCCACACAUUUACCGGAACUCGUGACGAGGCCUGGUUUUAUCUUGUGUCGGUGGCAAUGGAGGCCGAGGGUGCGCACAUCGUCUCGUCCAUGUUGAACGGGCUUGAUGCCAUCAAGUCGCGGGACUAUGAUACCAUCACAUCGUCAAUCGAGUCGCUGACGAGCAGCAUCCGCAAGACUGGCGCGCUUCUGGAACGCAUGUACGAGGCGUGUGACCCCAUGUGCUUCUUUUACAAGAUUCGACCAUUCCUAGCGGGCAGCAAAAACAUGGCGGCAGCGGGUUUGCCCAAUGGAGUCUUUUACGACGAAGGGAAUGGCAAGGGCAGCUGGCAGCAGCUCCGAGGCGGCAGUAACGGCCAGAGCUCUCUCAUUCAGUUCCUCGACGUCGUUCUUGGUGUUGAACACAUGUCUCAUGGCAACUUCAAGCCCGAGUCGAACCCCAAGGCGUCCAAAGAGCCGACAUUCCAUCAGCAAGUCCGCGAAUACAUGCCAGGUCCACAUAGGCGAUUCCUCGAGCACGUACCGCUGCUGGGAAGCAUCCGUGAGCUGGCCAUGUUACCGCCCCAGACAAAGGAGCAGAAAAGACUCCGCGAUGCGUAUCAGGCGGCCACGCAGGCUCUGACAGAGUUUCGCAACAAGCAUCUUCAGAUUGUGGCGCGAUACAUUGUGCUGCCAUCAAAGAAGACAAAGGGCACUGCAACAGCCGGCAAGGUCGAUUUGGCGAGUGUAUCAGAGAUGACCAAGGACUCAAAACAGCUGACGGGUACUGGCGGAACGCCGCUGAUGCCGUUCCUCAAGCAGACGAGAGACGAAACGGCACAGGCGGGAGAUUUGAGCAGGCGAUGA